AUGAGAAGGAAUUACUUAUUAUUAUAUAUAUUAAUAAUAGUGUUUAUCUUAUUGAAAGAGAUUAAUGCCAGCGGAAGACAACCAAAGUUUGUAAACGUAGACGAAUAUGGUUAUCCAAGAAGUGGAGACUCAUCAGAUAUUUUUGAUACGUUUGAAAAUAAUAAAACAUUAGGUUCAGCAUUCAUGACACUGUUUCACAAUUUGUGGCUUUUAUUCAAACAAUCAUUUGGGUUACCAUGA